AUGGGUUCAAGUUCAAUGGCAACAAAGAAAGUGAAAUUGGAAAACACAUUAGGAUUAAUUCGAAAUUGGCUUGAAGUUCCAAAAGAUGUGACAUCAAAUAUACUCAAAUUGCUUGGUGCUGUUGACCUAGUGAUGAAUGCACGUCUAGUGUGUCCUAUGUGGAGGGAAAUUUGUAGGGAUCCUCUCAUGUGGAAGAGCAUUGAAAUGAUCAAUGGUCUCCAUUCACCACAUAACUUGGAGAAGAUUUGUAUGUAUGCUGUUGAUCAAGGUGGUGAUCAUGUGGAAGAAAUUAAUGUUGAGUAUUUUGUUACUGAUGAUCUUAUCAGACGAUUAGCUGAAAGAACUAGUAAUUUGCGACGCAUUCGCAUCUCAAAAUGCUUGGAAAUUUCUAAUACAGUUUUUACUAUUGCUGCCAAAAAGUUUUCACUAUUAGAGGAGCUUGAACUUUCAUUCACCAGUUUAAACCAUGUCUCUCUUGAAGCUAUCGGCAAAAAUUGUCCUCUUUUGAAGACAUUGAAAUUCAAUCAACCCUUCAAAGGAAUUCUUUGUGGGUCUUACAAAGGUUACAAAUGCAACAAAGAAGCGCUUGCUAUUGCAAAAACAAUGCCCGAGCUACGGGAUCUUGAGCUAUGGGGAAACAAACUCACGAACGAUGGUUUAAUUGCUAUUUUUGAUGGUUGUCCUUACCUCGAAUCUCUUGAUGUUCGUAUGUGUUACAAUCUAGUUAUUCAUGGAAAUUUGGCGAAAAGAUGUUUUGAAAAUUCUAGGGUGAAAUAUUUUAGGUAUCCAAAUGAGUAUAUAAAUGGAUAUGAUAAUGCUGAUGAUGAUGAUUUUGUUUAUGAGUUUUAUUGCGAAUGCCGUGUCAAAGGCAUGGAUCAAUUGAAGAGAAGCACUGUUGUUGGGGAUGUUUUGAAGGAAUUUUGUUGGAGAUAUUUGAGAGUCUUUUAA